CCGGAGGUUUUCUUUGGAGAAAGUGAAUUUGUGUGGAGUUUCGGCGUAAUGGUUUAAUAUUCAUAGGCAUUUGCUCGUUCCCAGACGUUAGUGGAGACGCAAGACAAUUCGUACUUUACGUCCGCGUUCUUUUUUUGUACAGCAUUGUUCAUAACAUUCGGAGCUUUCCUUUGGAGGGGUUCCGCGCGUGGUUGUGUUGGGCGCUCGUUUCGCGGCCGUGCGUGUUUCCUCACCGUCUGAGCGGUCGGUCCUUCCAGUUUGUGCCCUGAAGCACAGACUGCCUGUCGAGUGUUUUAUUUUUGAGCCGUUGUCUUUUAAAGAUGGUCAAGGAAGAGCUGUCAGACGAUGGCGAGAACUCCAACCACAAGAGCAGCAAGAGCUCCAAACGUGAAGCUGAUGAAAGCCCAAGUCACGAAAAGGAUGGUCCGAGCAAGCCCAAAAAGCCAAGGUUCAAAGACGAUGAGAAAGGGCGCGAGUACGAAUGCAAGCUGUGCGACUGCAAGUUCUUCACAUUGGGCCAGUACUCGGUCCACAUCCAGAGCUUCGAGCAUCGCAAGCGCGCAGUCUUACAGACGGCCGACAAGGCCUUCAGCGAGGCACCCCAGUACCGAGGUGGCCGUGAUGGUGACCUGCCACCCGGUCUGUCAGGCCGUAAGGUGGUCCACUGCAAGGUAUGCAAUGUGUUCACCAACAGUGCCAAGCAGCUGGCCGAGCACCUGAACGGGGCACGUCACAAGCAAGUCUGCUUCAAGUUCAACGUGCCCAUCACCACCUUAGAGCUGACGAGCGACGACACAACCACCCUCGAAGGCACUCGGUUGCAAGGUGACAAGUUGAAGUGCAAAUGCUGCUCAGUAGAGCUCACCUCCAUGGAGCAGUAUAAUGCGCACAUGGCCAGCAACAAACACAAGCUGGUAAUGCAGAAAAAGCCAGUGAAACCUGAACGCAAAAUGAAGAAGGCCCUCAAGCCUUUCUACAAAAGCAAAACAGACGAGGAAAAGAAAGAGAAAUCAGACUCCAAGACCGAAAAGGAUAAGGACGAGGAGAAAGACAAGCAGAAGGACAAAAGCAAUGAAAAGGAGAAGGAUAAAAAGGACAAAGAGGAGGACAAAGUGUCGGACAAGGAUGAAGCUGACAGAAGCGUCAGCAGCAACAAGGUGCGGGAGAAGUACCAGCUUAAUCUGCUCGAUGAAUUGAGCGAACAGCCAACCCUGCGCAAUGAGCUCGAUUUCAUUCGUUCCCAUCGGCCGAAGAAAGACAAGAAGACUAUUCCGAAACCAGUGCCCUACAUGUGCGACAUCUGCCACGUGUUCGGCAAGUCUGCCUUUGAGCUGAACGAACACUUGACUAGUGAAGGGCAUAAAGAAGCUCUGCGCAAGUUUCUCAAAGGCGAAAAGUCGCCCCCUGACAAGGACAGCAAGGACAGCAAGGACAGUGACAAGCCUACCGAGGUCAAGGACUCUGAAGACAAAAAGCCCAAAAAUCCGGAGCUGUAUUGUGAUGUGUGCCAGCUGCUGCUGCCUUCGUUGGGCACAAAACGCGAGCACGAAAAAAGCAAGAAGCACAAGUUUCUUGAAGCACUUAGGAAGAACGGCAAGACAGAAUCGCGUUCCAAAGAGGCUACCUCCGCGAAGAAGUCGGAAUCGACAAAGACAGUCACUGCAGCUAGGACAGCAAAAACUCUUCACUGCAGUGUCUGCCAAAUGGAUUUGGAGUCAAAUGAAGCCAUGGAAGAGCACAUCGAGAGCAAAAAACACAAGUUCCUUUCUGCAUUGAAGCCAGUGCCUCUAGCGCCUGUCCGGCGGCCGGAAGAAGGCACCAGGCACAAACGCUCCGGGUCACGUGACAGUGGUCCUGACAGGCGUGAAUGGCGACGUGGUAAGCGUCGUAAUGAAGAGGAAGAAGAAGAGAUCCCCGAGCUGGCAGCUGUGGCUCUGGAGCGACGGGCACUGCAAGCACAGCUGGCCCAGCGGCGGCAAGAGAUCGAAGAGCAGCGCCGCCUUAUUGCAGAGCUGCGCGAGGAGCAGCACCUCGAGGCAGAGAAGGCUGCACUGAGGCACAUGAUUGACGAAUGCCGCAAGCUGAUCGAAGAGCGGGAGAAGAACAAGCGCCGUGCUGCUGAGGUAGAAGAAAGGAUUUCACGUAAGACAGCCAAGUCUGUCCAGUGGCACCCUAGUGUUACGACAGUGAAAAAAGAACCAGAGGAUCCCCGUUGGGCCAAGAGCCGCGACUAUGAGGAGCCACGAGAACGACUUAGCCUUGUGAAGAAGGCGCAAGAGGAAUGGGAGAGAGAACAGCUUGAGAAGGCCAGAAGUCGGGGCCAUGCACAGCCUGCUUCCACCACUGUGAAGCAGGAGGAGGAUGACUGGGAAAAGGAGCGCCCUUCUGGAGAGUCCAGUAUCUUUGGUUUCACGUCCUUUUCACGAUGGGACGGCAAAAUCCCACUUCUGGACACGCCUGUUGAAACGGUCGACACUGACACAUCACGGCCUAGCAGCCUCCCUGUUCAGUCUCGGGAAAGUACGCCUACUUUCCGAGGCCCCUUAGCGGGCGAAGACAGGAUGAUUGAGCCUUUUUCUCAUGGUCGACCUUUUGGGCAAGUGGAUGAAGGUGCUGUUUUCUCUCAGGAGUCUUUAGGGAAUUCUGGCACCAACUGGCCCGGUGCAGUGCACAGCCCGCCAGUGUGGAGCGGUGUUUCCCAAGACUCGCAUGACUGGAACCGUCCAGUGUUGUGCACCCCAUCAAGCAGUGUGCAACUGCUGGGGGAAAAACCAGGACCCAUGAGGGAUGGGCCUAGCCACCUUGGCGAGAAGUCCAGCCUUCUUGGGAGCAGGCAAGGGCUUCUGGAAGACAGUCCAAGCCACCUCAUGGAAAGGCCCAGCCUUCUUGGAAGCAGGCCAGGUCUCCUAGAAGACAGGCCAAGCUUUCCGGAAGACAGGCCAAGCCUCCUUGGAGAAAAUCGCAGCCUUCUUGGAAGCAAGCCAAGUCCCCUGGAAGACAGGCCACGCUUCCUGGAAGACAGGCAACACUUUCUGGAAGACAGGCCAAGCCUCCUAGGGAGCAGGCCAAGCCACCUGGAAGACAGGCCAAGCUUCCUUGGAGAAGAUCGCAGCCUUCUUGGAAGCAAGCCAAGUCUCCUGGAAGACAGGCCACACUUCCUGGAAGACAGGCCAAGCCUCCUUGAUGGCAGGCCUAGCCUCCUAGGGAUCAGGUCAAGCUACCUGGAAGACAGGCCAAGCUUCCUUGGAGAAAAUCGCAGCCUUCUUGGAAGCAAGCCAAGUCUCCUGGAAGACAGGCCAAGCCCCUUUGAUGGCAGGCCUAGCCUCCUAGGGAGCAGGCCAAGUCACCUGGAAGACAGGCCAAGACUCCAUGAUGGCAGUCCUAGCUUCGUAGGGAGCAGAACCAGCCUCUUAGGUGACAAGCCAGGCCUCCUUGAGGUCAGGUCAAGUCUUUUGGAAGAGAGGCCUGAACAGCAUUCACAAUUUUGGGGCCAGCCAUCGCAGCGGCCCACAACCGAGCCUGAACCAUGGGGAGGAAGCUCAUCUCUACGCAUACCAGGCCUUGAUCUUGUAUAGUUUCAAGUGUGUCAGUAAUCUGAUGAGUGAAACAUCAAGUGAUGGAGAUUCACUUGUCUUGACUGUUACAUUGACAAAUGUGCUUGCUAUAGCAGCAUUCCUAUACUAUAGCCUUCAUAUGUUUUAAGCUUGAUUUUGGGCAUUGACAGCUGCAUGCUAGCCCACACAAGGCGUGAAUGGAAUUCAUGAGUAUGAAUGAAAGGUGAAG